CGAGCUAGCAAGGCGUACUGUACGCAGAUGCCCGACGGUGGUGAGCGCCUGAGUCUUGGACAGAUCUCACGUAGAUGGGAAACUUGGACAACUCUACACCGGCGUGGGGACGCUGGUGGUGUGCGAUGCGACUGGCCCGAAGACGCGCCAAGCCGAUCUGCAAGCUAACGCAGCGGGGAUAGGCGCAACCCAUCCCACACUCCCUCACCGCUAGCAUCUCUCGACACCGCUGGCAUCAUGUCUCUACCCGUAUCGUCACCAGCGCUCAUCUCCUUCCGGCGGCAGCAGCUGCUUGUCGAGUUCUCCAGUCUGCGACAUGCCCAACUCGACGGUGUCUUCGUGAGCAUCACGCCCGGCGACCCUACCUUGUGGGUCGGCGUCAUCUUUGUGCGAAAAGGGCCCUAUGCUCCCGCAGUGCUGCGUUUUCAAAUCUCAUUUCCGCCCAACUACCCUUCUUUGCCCCCCCUCGUGACCUUCUCAACCGAUGUUUUUCACCCACUGCUCACGCCACUCACCACGUAUACGUACACCACCGGAUCGUCAGACACAGACACUGUGAGUGCAACUGACGAAGAACGACUCCCUCCCGGUGGCUUCAGUCUUCGACACGGCUUCCCGCAGUGGUUCGGACGCGCACGGCGGUCCGCAGCAAGUUCCCGCAAUGUAAGCGGGUCGGGCCUAGGUACGCCCGCGCAAAGUUACACGCCUGUACAGUCAGACGGCAGAGACGGCGCCCCAUCCCCGUUGGAUCUGACUGGCCUUGCCGCAAAGCCUGUGUCUAUGGUGGGGGUACUAGACUACAUUCGUAGCACCUUCAGUGAAGAGCAGGUACUUGACUCAAUCGCAAUUGAAGCAGCAGCAAACCCCAGCGCGUACCAUGCUUGGCGCGCCUACCGCGCAUCUGCGCCACAGACCCAGCUUUCGUCGCCUACGUCAACCACAGCGGACUCUCAAGGGAGCUCGCAAGGACGGGCAACUGGAGGUUCUACACUGGUCAGGAAUCGUCGACCCGGAGAGUGGAACUGGGAGGGUGUGUGGGAGGAACGCGUUAGGAAAGCCGUCAGAGCCAGCCUUUCAGAGCCUGUCCUCUUUGGCGGAGCAGCAAGCGAAGAUAUUAUUCGCUUCCGCAACAGCGACGAAGAGUCUGCGGUGAGAAUCCAAAGGCAGCUGGAGGCGGUUGCUUCAAGGACGGUAGAAUUAUAGAUACGAGCAGGCAGCGAUCAAGCUCUGUGUGCUACAAAGGCUCUGUGCAACACCGAUAUCUACAAUGCUUGUCUCGGGGUGACAAGAGUGCUCUGAGAGCGAUCCGAUUAUCGGUCAAUGCAUGAUACCCCAGAAGGAACGAUUUAUGAGUGCACAUUGGGUAUGGGCGGGAAUAGGAAGGCACGGUGAGUUCCGAGUAGCUACCCACUUUCAGCCUCCUAAGCGUAGUUUCCUGAUGAAUGUCUGCACACAUUGACA